UAUAAAUACCGACCUAAAUAGACACGGAGACUGUGACGCGCUGUCAGCCGCUCGUGCAGGUGCGUUCCUCCAUCACGGUCACCUUUAGCGCGUUUAUCAGGAUGGGAAACCCGCGAGUUUUCUUUGACAUCACUGUUGACGGGGCUAACGCCGGCAGGAUCGUCAUGGAGCUCCGGGCUGACGUGGUCCCAAAGACUGCAGAAAAUUUCCGCGCUUUGUGCACUGGAGAGAAAGGCUUUGGCUACAAGGGCUCCACGUUCCACAGAGUCAUCCCUGCGUUCAUGUGCCAGGGUGGAGACUUCACCAACCACAACGGAACAGGAGGCAAAUCCAUCUAUGGGGAGAAGUUUCCCGAUGAGAACUUCACGCUGAAGCACGCGGGCAUGGGCACGUUGUCCAUGGCUAACGCUGGACCCAACACCAACGGAUCCCAGUUCUUCAUCUGCACGGAUAAAACUGACUGGCUGAAUGGGAAGCACGUGGUGUUUGGCAGCGUUGUGGAGGGGAUGGAUGUCGUCAAGAAAAUAGAGAAGUAUGGCACAAAGAACGGCACCCCUAAAGCCAAGGUCGUCAUCGCCGACUGUGGUGAGCUAAAAUAGUGAGACAAAACUCCUUCAGUCCAGCCUGUCAGGCGUGUCCUUCAUCGUAUGCAUCCCAGUUAAUCUUUGACAGGGUGUGUAUCAGUUCCAGUACACCCAGUGAACCCUCAGUCCCCUCUGAAAACGCCUCCUGUGUUGAUAUUUGUUGUGUAAUAUUUUGUAUCUUCUAAUCUGGUUGUUAAGGACCAAAUUUGUUGACAAAAUCUGAAUUAAAACGAUGGCGGUCGUGUAAAUAAAACUAAUUGAAGGCUAA